AUUCGAAAUUUUAACCUACGUCAAACAACUAAAAUAAAAAAAAUUUAUGGAAAGACUAUAUAGAAUCCUUAAAGCAUACAGUUUGUAUGAUCCAGAAGUGGGGUACACUCAGGGGAUGGCUUUUUUAGCAGGUCCAUUACUACUUUAUAUGUCAGAUGAAGAAGCAUUUUGCAUGUUUGUUAAACUUAUGAAAGAUUAUGAUUUCCGAAGUUUUUAUGUACCGGGUAUGCCGGGACUAAAUUUACGUUUAUAUCAAUUCGAGCGAUUAAUGGAAGAUAAAUUGCUGGCAAUCUAUCUUCAUCUUCGUAGACAAGGAGUUAAAGCAUCUAUGUAUGCAUCCCAGUGGUUUUUAACGCUUUUUGCUUAUAAAUUUCCGAUAAAUAUGGUUACAAGAAUUUUUGAUGUAGUAAUAGCAGAAGGCAUUGAUUCAAUUCUUAAAUUUGCUAUUGCUUUGAUGAAGAAGAAUGAGGAAGAGAUUAUUUCUUUAAAAUUUGACCAGCUUUUGAGUUUUCUAAAAGAAAAAAUUUUUUUUGUCUAUAGCACACCCGAAAAAUCAACAGCAAAACUAUCUUGGCUAACUCAUGCAACAGAUUAUCGAGUAGAUGAAUUCGUUAAUGAUGCAUAUUCAGUAGAAAUUGCAGAAAAUGCACUUUAUAAGUAUGCUUCAGAAUAUGAACAAAUCAAAGAAUCGGAAAUAGAAAAAGAGAACGAAAUUAACAUAUUAAAGUCAGAAAAUUCUUCACUUUCUCUUAAAGUAAAAGACCUUGAAGAUUCUCUUAAUACACUGAACGAGGAAAAUACUAAACUGGCAGACACUAUGAUCCAGAAUAAAAUUCAGAUAGCCACACUAAUUGAUGAAAAUGAAGGAUUAAUCUCAAAAGUAUCUGAGCUAGAAUUAACAGUUAAAACCCAGCCAGCAGAAAUUGAAAAACGUAUGGAAUCUGAAAUUCAAAAGAUUUUAAACAAAAAUCUACAAGUGAUGAAUAAAAAUCGUAUACUUGAAGAUCAAAUAACAGAAGUAGAGACUGAACUUGCACAAACAAAAAUGGAACUAGCCAUGAUUCAUGAUGAACAUAACGCAUUAAAAAAAAGAUGGAAUGAAUUAAAAAAAGCACUUGAAAAUUAAUCAGAAUAUAAUAAAAUCCUUUAUGCAUCAUAUUUGAAAUAUAGU